AUGUCUCGAUCCCGCCAUGCAAGGCCUUCCAGAUUAGUCAGGAGGGAAGAUCUGAACAGAAAGAAAAGCACCCAGCUGAAGAAGACAUCUAAGGCAGCCAACAAAAAUGUGGCAUCAGUCAAGACUGUGAGCCCCGGAAAAUUAAAACAAUUAAUUCAAGAAAGAGAUGUUAAGAAAAAAAUAGAACCCAAACCACCUAUGCCAGUCAGAAGCCUUCUGACAAGAGCUGGAGCAGCACGAAUGAAUUUGGAUAGGACUGAGGUUCUUUUUCAGAACCCAGAAUCCUUAACUUGCAAUGGGUUUACAAUGGCUCUCCGAAGCACCUCUCUUAGCAGGCGACUCUCCCAACCUCCAAUGAUCAUAGCCAAACCCAAGAAAGUUCCACCUCCUAAAAAUUUAGAAAAGCAACAUGGAUGUGAUUAUAAUGUAGUUGCUGACAUGGGAGUAAAACACUCAGAAAAUGAAUCAGUUCCAACACAAGUUCCCCUAAUUGCUCCUGAUGUAGAGAAUCUAAUUGGUGUUCAGAAUGCAACUUUAAUUAAAGGUGAGAGCCAAGACACAACCCAUUCUUGGUCCCAAAGGGUGGAGGAUUCCAAAAUAAAUAUUUCCACUCAGAGUGACCCUGCAGUAGAGAUCCUUUCUGGGUCAUCGGAAGAGACAUGUGGUGGUGAAGGACUGUUCUCUAAAGAGACAUUGAAUGCUAUCAGUGACUCCCCUAGAUUGUUUGCUCAGGACACUCUGUGUGCUCCUUUGCUCCAAAGAGCAGCCCUCAAGGUUACUUACGAAGGAAACUCCAGCAUUCAGUUAGAAGAUUUGGGUUCACGAGUAGAAUCUCUUAAGCUAUCUGAUGCUUACCUGGAUCCCAUCAAAAGUGAACGUAAUUGCUACCCCACCUCAAGCUUUAAUAAGGUUAUACCUGAAUUGGACCUUAGAAACUGUUUGUCCAUUGGUGGGUCAAUAUAUCCUACCUCAUUAAUAAAACUCCUCUUGGCAAGCUCAGAACAAGAAACCCUUGGUGCUAAACCAGAUCAUCAAGAGGCACUCAAAGCUAUCCCAGAGCAACAGGAAAUUCCUGAUACCACCCCUAUCAUAGGACAGGCUUUUAGUGCUAUCCCACAUCGAUGGGAAGUUCCUGGUGAUAACAUAAUUCAUGGGGAGGCUCUGGAUGAGACCGCAGACCCACCAGUGAUGCCUGGUGCUAUUCCAGUCCAAGGAGAGGUCUUCGGUGCUAUCCUAGACCAGCAAAUCCUCAGAAUGGGUGGUGGUACUGCCUCAGACCCACCUAUCUUUCUUCCUGCUCCUCUAAACCCAAUUGCUACCUAUAAUGCUCUCCCAGAAUGGCUUGAGCCCCAGAGCACUGUUUCAUAUGGGCUUGAGGUCCAGGGCGCUGUGCAGAUUUUGCCUUUGGGCUCAGGUCACACUCCUCAGCCAUCAUCAAACUCAGAGAUAAGUUCAGUACCUCCAAUAAUGACUAUUAGCAAUAUAGAAAAUGAGAAGCAGGUUCAUAUAAGCUUUCUGCCAGCCAACACUCAGGGGGUCCCAAGAGCCCCUGAGCGAGGACUCGUCCAUGCUUCCCAGGGCAUUACCCAACUAUCCCAGGCUGGUGCCAGCACAUUGGAAGGAGGGAGCUCCCAGAUCAGCAUGACCAGUGUGGUUGACAUCAACACCACAGUGGUGUCUAGGCCAGUGUCACUCGCCAGUACCUCCUCUUCUCCUUCCUAUACAACUUUGCUACCUACUUUGGAAAAGAAGAAACGAAAGCGCUGUGGGGUCUGUGAGCCCUGCCAGCAGAAGACCAAUUGUGGUGAAUGUACUUACUGCAAGAACAGAAAGAACAGCCAUCAAAUCUGUAAGAAAAGGAAAUGUGAAGAGCUGAAAAAGAAACCAUCCGUCCUUGUGCCUUUGGAGGUUAUAAAAGAAAACAAGAGGCCCCAGAGGGAAAAGAAGCCCAAAGUUUUAAAGGCAUAUUUUGUCAACAAACCAGUAAAUGGCCCCAAGUCAGAAUCCAUGGAAUACAGGAGGAGCUAUGGGGGGGAACAGAGAUUGGAAUUAAACCCACCUCCCCCCGAAAAUGUAACUAAAAAUGAAGAAAGUAUGACAGGUAUUGAAGUGGAGAAGUGGACGCAACACAAGAAAUCACAUUUAACCGAUCAUGUCAAAGGCGAAUUUAAGGCAAUUGUGACAGAAGCUGAAAAAUUAAAAAAAUCUGAAGAUGACAGGAAAAAAGUCCUACUUACUGACUUAAUUGAGCCUCAGAAAUUGUUUGCACAAACUGUAAGAAACGGCAUUAAAAAUGUACGCUAUUUACCAACCGAAACAAAUGUGUCUUUUAAAAAAUUCAAUAUUGAAGAAUUUGGCAAGGCAUUUGAAAACAAGUCCUAUAAAUUCCUGAAAGACACUGCCAACCAUAAUGCCAUGAGUUCCAUUGCCGCUAGUACGAGCUGUGAUCAUCUCAAAGGGAGAAAUAAUGCUUCAGUCUUCCAGAAAUCUGGCUUUAACUGCAAGUCUUUUCCAGAUCCUGCACCGUUCAACUUAAAUAGUCAUACUAGUACACACAAUGAAAGUGAUGAACCAAAAUCUCUACAAAAUAUACCAAGUAAAGAACCAAAAGGUGGAUCUCCAGUUCAACCAAGCCUUCUAUCCCUAAUGAAAGAUAGGAGAUUAACACUGGAACAAGUGGUGGCCAUAGAAGCUCUGACCCAACUGUCAGAAGCCCCAUCAGAAAAUUCCUCACCAUCAAAGUCAGAGAAGGAUGAAGAAACAGAACACAGAACAGCAAGUUUGCUUAAUAGCUGUAAAGCUAUCCUCUAUUCUGUAAGAAAAGACCUCCAAGACCAAAACUUACAAGGGGAGCCAGAAAGCCUUCAUCACUAUCCAUCUUUGGAAAAGCAGAGUUCAUGUGACACAGUGGUAUUCAAUGGCCAAAACAUUUCCAAGUCACACAACAGCUCAGCUGCUAACCAGGCACCUACAAAGUCACAGGAAUACUCAAAAGUCACAAAUUCGGUAUCUCUUUUCAUACCAAAUUCAAAUUCACCUAAAAUUGACACCAAUAAAAAUGUUGCUCAAGGUAGAAUUACUCUUGAUAGUUCUAAGAAUUUGCACCAUUUGCCACCAUCUAGUGAUAAAUUGGGAUACUGUAACCAGUCACUGGCCAACAGUAAAAAGAUAGACUUAAAAGACGAUCCGUCAUGUCUAAGUACAAUACACAGCAAAAUAGAGGAAGACGUUGCAACACAGUUAACACAACUUGCAUCAAUAAUUAAAUUCAAUUACAUAAAACAAGAGGACAGAAAGGUUGAAAGUACACCAACAAGCCUUGUUGCAUAUAAUGUACAGCAAAAAUGUAGUCAGGAGAAGGUCACAGUACAACAGAAACCACCUUCCAGUGUACAAAAUAAUCAUAGCUCAUCACUGACAAAGCAAAAGAACACAACACAGAAAAAGACAAGAGCUACCCCAUCAAGAGAUCGGCGGAAAAAGAAGCCUAUAGUCAUAAGUUGUCAAGAAAAUGACCGGAAAAAGCAGGAACAGUUGUCAUAUGAGUAUAGUAAGUUACAUGACAUUUGGAUAGCAUCUAAGUUUCAAAGAUUUGGUCAGUUUGGUCCACACGACUUUCCCAUUCUUUUGGGAAAAAUUCCUCCCCUAACCAAAGUAUGGAAACCACUGACUCAAACGAGUUCAGCAUUAGAACACAAAAAAUUAUUUCCUCCACUCACUCAGAUAAAAUUUGAGCGUUAUUAUCCUGAAUUAGCACAGGAAAGAAACAUGAAGGUUGAACCGUUGGAUUCUCUCCCAUUAUGCCAGUUAAAAACAGAAUCCAAUGGACAGGCGUUUACAGAAAAAGUUGAUAAUUCUCAGGUACAGCCAACAGUGAAUGUCAAUCAGAAAGCUCAUCCUUUACUCCAGCCCUCCCCUCCAACUAACCAGUGUGCUAAUGUCACGGCCGGUGAUGACCAAACACAGUUCCCGCGGAAUGUUAAAGACCAACUCAUGCAUCAGAAACUGCCAACAUUGCCUGGUAUCUCUCAUGAAACCCCCUUACCAGACCCAGCACAAAUUCUCAGGAAUGUCAAUGUAGUAUGUUCAGGUGGAAUUACAGUGGUUUCUACCAAGAGUGAAGAGGACAUCUGUUCAUCUAGUGUUGGAGCUUCAGAAUUUUCCCCAGUAGACAGUGCACAGAAAAGUUUUAAUGAUUAUGCCAUGAACUUCUUUACCAAUCCUACAAAAAACCUGGUGUCCACAACGAAAGAUUCUGAAUUGCCAACAUGCAACUGUCUUGAUCGAGUUAUACAAAAAGACAAAGGCCCAUAUUAUACACACCUUGGGGCAGGACCAAGUGUUGCUGCUGUCAGGGAAAUCAUGGAGAAUAGGUAUGGUCAAAAAGGAAAUGCAGUAAGGAUAGAAAUUGUAGUGUAUACGGGAAAAGAAGGAAAAAGCUCUCAUGGUUGUCCAAUUGCUAAGUGGGUUUUAAGAAGAGGCAGCGAUGAAGAGAAAGUUCUUUGUUUGGUUCGGCAACGGACAGGCCAUCACUGCCCAACAGCUGUGAUGGUGGUGCUUAUCAUGGUAUGGGACGGCAUUCCUCUCCCCAUGGCUGACAGAUUGUACACGGAGCUUACUGAAAACCUAAAGUCAUACAAUGGUCAUCCCACAGACCGAAGAUGCACGCUCAAUGAAAACCGUACCUGUACAUGUCAAGGAAUUGAUCCAGAGACUUGUGGAGCUUCGUUCUCUUUUGGCUGUUCAUGGAGUAUGUAUUUCAAUGGCUGUAAAUUUGGUAGAAGCCCAAGCCCUAGAAGAUUUAGAAUUGAUCCAAGCUCUCCCUUACACGAAAAAAACCUUGAAGAUAAUUUACAGAGUUUGGCUACACGAUUAGCUCCAAUUUAUAAGCAGUAUGCUCCAGUUGCUUACCAAAACCAGGUAGAAUAUGAACAUGUUGCCCGAGAAUGUCGGCUUGGCAGCAAAGAAGGUCGUCCGUUCUCUGGGGUCACUGCUUGCCUAGACUUCUGUGCCCAUCCCCACAGGGACAUUCACAACAUGAAUAAUGGAAGCACUGUGGUUUGUACUUUAACAAGAGAAGAUAACCGCUCCUUGGGGGUUAUCCCUCAGGAUGAGCAGCUGCAUGUGCUACCGCUCUACAAACUCUCAGACACAGAUGAGUUUGGCUCUAGUGAAGGAAUGGAAGCCAAGAUCCAAUCUGGGGCCAUUGAGGUGCUCGCACCCCGCCGUAAAAAAAGAACGCGUUUUACUCAGCCAGUUCCUCGUUCCGGAAAGAAGAGGGCAGCAAUGAUGACAGAAGUUCUUGCACAUAAGAUAAGAGCUGUGGAGAAGAAAUUCAUUCCUCGGAUCAAGCGCAAGAAUAACUCGACAACAAACAAUAGCAAGGCUUCAUCGCUACCGCUUUUAGGGAAUAAAACUGAAGCCUUGCAACUUGAAAUAAAAAGUGAAACUGAACCCCAUUUUAUCUUCAAAGGUUCGGACAACACUAAAACCUACUCAUUGACCCCAUCCAUUCCUCACACAUUGAAAGAGGCAAACAUAUCUCCAGGUUUCUCCUGGUCCCCUAAGACUGCGUCGGCCACAACAGCUCCUCUUAAGAAUGAUGCGUCAGUUCCGUACGGGUUUUCAGAAAGAAACAGCAAUCCCCACUGCACAGUGCCUUCUGCGAGACACAGUGGUGCUAAUGCAGCUGCAGGGGAAUGCACUGGAAUUGCACAGCCUGGCGACGUGGUUUCUCUUCCCACCUUGUCGACUCCCAUGACAGAUACCCUGGUUUAUUCUGAGCCUCCCAUUGGUCCGUCUGAACAGCUACCUUCUAAUCAUCCAAACCAGCAACUCCCAUUCACCACCUCUCCUCAUGACCUGGCUUCCUCUCUGGUGGAAGAAGAUGAGCAGCAUUCUGAUGCAGAUGAGCCUCUAUCUGAUGACCCCCUCUCAGACGACCCCCUGUCACCCGCUGAGGAGAAACUGCCCCACAUCGAUGAAUAUUGGUCAGACAGUGAGCACAUCUUCUUGGAUGCCAACAUUGGUGGGGUGGCAAUUGCGCCUGCCCAUGGCUCCGUUUUGAUCGAGUGUGCCCGGCGAGAGCUUCAUGCAACCACUCCUGUCGAACACCCAAACCGGAAUCACCCCACACGCCUCUCCCUUGUUUUCUACCAGCACAAAAACCUGAAUAAGCCCCAACAUGGUUUUGAACUGAACAAAAUUAAGUUUGAGGCUAAAGAAGCUAAGAAUAAGAAAAUUAAGGCCUCAGAGCAGAAAGACCAGGCAGCUAAUGAGGGUCCCAAACUGUCCCCUGAAGUUAAUGAGUUGAACCAAAUUCCUUCUCAUAAAGCGUUAACAUUAACCCAUGACAAUAUUGUCACCGUGUCCCCUUAUGCUCUCACACAUGUUGCAGGACCCUAUAACCAUUGGGUCUGAAGGCUUUUCUCCCCUUCUUAAUGCCUUUGCUAGUGCAGUGUAUUUUUUCAAGGUGCUGUUAAAAGAAAGUCAUGUUGUCGUUUACUUAUCUUCAUCUCACCCAUUUGAAGGCUGAGGUAAAAAAAA